AUGCCACUGGGUGGUAUCAUCCAGCUUCCACGCCAUGAGCGAAGGAAAAUGUACUACUGGGUAGGAACAUUUUCCUGCGUUCUUGGUUUUUUGCUAUUGAUAGUGUUGCUUCUAAAAAAUGUUCUACGUGAUCAGAAGGUGGUUCCUUCUUUUAUUGGGGGAUAUUGUGCUAUUUUUGCUACUAUAUUAUCUCUCUUUCAGAUUUUGGAGCAUCUCACUUGUUUUUCCGAUCCGGAGUGUCAAACUAAAGUGGUACGUAUUCUUUUUAUGGUGCCCUUAUAUGCUAUGAUAUCGUGGAUAUGCAUCCUUGCUCCUAAUGCAGCAGAAUACCUUAACUUGAUUCGUGAUGCAUACGAGAGUUAUGCUCUUUACGCCUUUUUUCAGCUUAUGAUUGCACUUAUGGGAGGUGUCGAUACCGUAUACCGGGCCCUUAUGUUGGAAGAACGUCCCCCAAUACCUCAUUUCUUUCCGUUAUGUUGGUUAGAACCUGUGAAGGUGACACCCACCUUUGUGAGGAAUUGUAGAUUGUGUCUCUUUCAGUUUAUGGUUUUGAAACCACUUAUAACGGUAAUAGUGAUAAUUCUGACAGCGAAAAAUGAAAUGGGUAGUAUAUUGGAUGUACGCAAAGGAUAUUUUUGGACAACUUUAGUAUGUAACACAUCUAUCACGAUAGCCUUUACAGCCUUAGUUUACUUCUAUACUGGACUAAAAGAGUUCAUGGAGGGCACAGACGCCUUAAUGAAAUUUCUUUGCAUCAAGAUGGUGAUAUUCCUUUCCUUCUGGCAAGGUAUUCUCAUCCAACUGCUCUCCGCCACGCACCUGCUACCCAACUUUCAGUACUGGACAGAGGACCGUGUGCCGCAGGGAUUGCAGGAUCUUCUUAUUUGUAUUGAGAUGAUGUUUGUGGCUUUUGCACACCGUUACUGUUUUGGCAGCGACGCGUACGAACCAACAGAACCGCCAGAAGGCGACGACGCGCCGGUCGUCAUUGACGCACACGCACCUCAUCGCAGCAUCCCGCCCAUUCGCUAUAGUGUCUCAGCAAAUCUUAAGUACACACUGCGGCACGAGGAUAUCAUCUACGAUUUUAAGGAAAUCAUGAGAAACCGAUAG